AGUGGCUGAGUUAGCACGGAAUUUUCAUCUUGCUGCGAACUAGAUCUUUGCUGCCCCACCAGUUAAUAAGUUAAGUUGCAGGUUUUUAACUGCAACUUUUAUCGGUUUAAUUUUCGGUUUUGUAGUUGUCGCGUUGUGUUUUCUGUUGGUUUCGCUUGAAUAUGUAGAAAAUGGUGUGAAAAAGUUGAAGUUGCUGUUGCCCUUUCGUGAGAGAUUGUGGAAAAAUGUAACCAGUUUCCAGGUGGAAAAAGCUACAGUUAGAGAGGUGAAGGCAAAAAUCAUUUACAUAUUUGCUUAGACCACAUCAGUUUAAAAAAAUAAAAUCUCAAAAGGCAGUUCGAAAUAAAAAAAGGCUUGUGUGGAAAACAUCGGUUGUGAAGGUGUAAUUUUUAAUUGCGGAAGUACUCGCAGGGACGUAAAAGGCUAAAAAUGUGAUGAUUGUCAGGAGGUUUAAUUUCGGUCCCUGCUUUUAAUAAUUGAUAAGAGGAUUUUUCUUUGCCAGCAGCCAAAAGGUAGUACAUGUUACAGUGCAGAGCAGGAACCGCUCCUUUGCCUUCACGAAAACUGCUGCGACGGCGAGAGGAGCCGAGUGUAAAAGCGAGAGCGACAGUGUGAUCCUCUUUCGUCGCAUCGAGGAAAACUCGCGAGAGAAGAGAAUUUUUCCGAGGAGCACCCCGGUCUAUUUCGUUUGUGGAGUGUGUGCUGCUACACUAUUGUGUUGUGGGAAAACAUGCGAAAUCAAUGAUUGCAUUUUCUGGAUUAUUCGGGCUUCCGCUCCGUCCGCCCGCACCAGCUCAACAGUGACAACAUUCUGUUGACGUAAUAUGUAAUGGAUUACAAAUAUGAAUUCGUGGUGUUUAUUUUGUGUACGCGACGAGAGAACAUAAGAUAAGUGCCGUCAUGUUUGUUUGCUUGCUGACGUAACGUAACACUCUAUACCUCGCGUGCCAGAAUCUGUGCUUGUAAUCUUGUAUACUUGGCGUUGAAGUUGGUUUGAGGUUUUGGAGGAUUUCCGAUGUAAGUGAAUUCCAACCAAGGUGUGGUUUUCGUACAGGACACCCGGUAAUGAAUGCAAAUUUCAGCACAUUAUGACGACCCGAACCGCUCAACUGCCAUUGCCCGAACUGAGGCUGCUGCUCAGCGCAUAGAAUAUGAUGGAGGAAAGCGCUAUUCAACAGCCACCAAAUAAUAAAGUAAAUAUAACACACGUUGUCGCCCGUUGGCAGCCCGCUGGGCACAGUUAUUCAACAAACCGCACACACAAACGAGAAAGCGGAAACAGCCCGCGUCACCGAAACCACUUCCUGGAACUGCUAUCGCAUAAUUAAAUCGGGCACCGAAAGACGGGCGAAAAAGCACACUUUUUCGCGUAAUCACGCUCGUAUCAUUUGCCAGGCAUUAUCCGGCAGUGCCAAGCGAGAAAGAGAGACCGAAAGCGAGCGAGAGAGAGAGAGAGGAAAAGAAUAAAACCGUACUACAUGCCAUGACAGCUAAAAGUAGAAGCAUGAUGAGAGCCACUAUCGUCAUACAGGCUGCUACGGUGCUCUAUCUGUCCCGAAACUGGGUCGACGGGUCUAGACCGGGCUCCGGUCACCGCCUCGAUGUUUACAUUGCAGGAUUCUUCCCGUACGGUGAGGGCGUAGAGAAUAGUGACACGGGCCGUGGCGUGAUGCCAAGUGUGAAGCUUGCCUUGGAUCACGUAAACGAGCACUCGACCAUACUGAGAAACUACCGCUUGCACAUGUGGUGGAAUGACACAGAGUGCAAUGCUGCCGUGGGGGUUAAGUCGUUUUUCGACAUGAUGCACUCCGGCCCGCACAAAUUGAUGCUGUUCGGGGCGGCCUGUACCCACGUAACGGAUCCCAUAGCAAAGGCCAGCAAACAUUGGCACUUGACGCAGCUGUCGUACGCGGACACCCAUCCGAUGUUUACGAAGGACUCGUUUCCGAACUUUUUCCGGGUGGUUCCAUCGGAGAAUGCUUUCAAUGCCCCGCGGCUUGCACUGUUGAAGGAAUUCAACUGGACAAGAAUCGGAACGAUUUAUCAGAACGAACCACGAUAUUCACUGCCCCACAACCACAUGGUGGCCGAUCUGGAUGCGAUGGGGUUGGAUGUUGUGGAGACGCAAAGUUUCGUUUACGACGUGGAAGAGUCCCUACGAAAGCUCCGUGAGAAGGAUGUGCGAAUAAUUUUAGCAAAUUUUAACGAGUACUGGGCUAGGAAAGUAUUCUGCGAGGCCUACAAACUGGAAAUGUACGGUCGAUCGUAUCAGUGGCUAAUCAUGGGAACCUACACCAACGAGUGGUGGGCGGAAAACGACACCGAUUGCCUGGUGGAUCAGGUACGGACGGCGCUGGAGUCCUCAAUGCUGGUGGACUUGCUACCACUGUCAACCAGUAAGCAUGUCACGAUAUCCGGAAUUAACGCCGAUGAAUAUCUGACUGAGUACAAUAGUCGUCGAGGCAACGAAUAUUCACGUUUCCACGGUUACACGUACGAUGGUAUAUGGGCUGUGGCCUGCGCGAUCCAGUAUGUUUCCGAGCGAAAAGAACACUCACUGACGCACUUCGAAUAUAGGGUGAAGGAGUGGGAAAAUAUAUUCCUUGAAGCAUUGAGAAAUACUAGCUUCGAAGGAGUCACGGGUCCAGUACGCUUCUACAACAACGAACGAAAGGCAAGCUUCCUGCUGAAGCAGUUCCAGAACGGCGAGGAGGUCAAGAUCGGUGAAUACAGUUCGCUUACCAAUCGGCUAGAUCUGAGCAUUGGUAAGCCAAUGAAAUGGGUUGGCCGGUCCCCGCCGAAAGAUCGAACGUUGCGAAUUAUCGAGCACAGCCAGGUGAACAUUACGAUUUACGUUGUGUUGGCAAGCUUCUCUUGCGUUGGUAUCGUGAUGGCAACAGUGUUUCUGAUCGUCAAUAUUAAAUAUAGGAAUCAGCGGUACAUCAAAAUGUCCAGCCCGCAUCUGAACAAUCUGAUCAUCAUUGGCUGUAUCCUCACCUAUAUGAGCGUGAUUUUUCUAGGAUUGGACAGUGGUUUGAGCAGUGUGGCCGCCUUCCCGUACAUCUGCACUGCUCGAGCUUGGCUGCUGAUGGCUGGAUUCAGUUUGGCGUUCGGUGCGAUGUUCUCGAAAACUUGGCGAGUGCAUUCGAUCUUCACGGAUCUGAAGCUCAACAAAAAGGUCAUCAAAGAUUACCAGCUGUUCAUCGUCGUGGGGGUUCUGCUGGCGAUUGAUCUGGCGAUUAUGACAACCUGGCAGAUCACCGAUCCCUUCUAUCGGGAGACGAAACAUAUUGAACCCUCGGAACAUCCCACUCUGGAGGACGUUAUCAUCGUACAAGAGAAUGAAUACUGUCAGUCUAGCAAAAUGACCAUCUUCAUUGGAGUCAUCUACGCGUACAAGGGUUUGCUGUUGAUCUUCGGAGCCUUCCUGGCAUGGGAGACACGGCACGUUUCGAUACCUGCUCUGAACGAUUCUAAACACGUGGGACUGUCCGUGUACAACUGCGUGAUCAUGUGCGUGAUGGGUGCCGCUAUUGCCCUGGUUCUGUCGGAUCGCAAGGAUGCUGUGUUCAUUCUUAUAUCACUGUUUAUCAUCUUUUGUACGACAGCAACGCUCUGUUUGGUGUUUGUACCGAAGUUGGUAGAACUAAAGCGAAAUCCGAGUGGCGUGGUGGACAAAAAGGUACGAGCGACGCUGCGGCCCAUGUCCAAAAACCGACGAGAUUCGACCGCCUGCGAACUGGAACAACGAAUGCGAGACGUGAAGCAAACCAACUGCCGGUUCCGAAAAGUGCUGAUGGAAAAGGAAGCUGAGCUUCAGGCACUCAUUAAACGGUUAGGUCCCGACGCCCGGGCCUGGAUUGGACUUGAAACCAGCACCUCGGAACCGGACGUGAACAAGGAGUCUCUGAAGAUUCAAGUCAAGAAGGAUUACGCGAGUGAGGGUACAGAGUUCACUUCAGUUGGAAGCCUUGUUUCCAGUAACGAUACGCUAGACUCGGUUCCUCCGGAAAGGAAGAAGAAGACUACGGUUGUUUUGCCAGGAGAGGAACCAGCAAUGGCAAAACCAGUAACUCCUGUCAGUCAUUCUGUAGCAAAGAGUGCUCUAGCACAAGCUUCGCCUGCUGCGAUGGGAGCGAGUUCCUUAGUGACAUCUGCUGUGGCUCAAACAAUAGCAUCUGUUGUGAGCCAGUCAGCAAUAGCGAAACCUCCGGCAGUCGUGGCGAAUAAUGUGGGAAGUUGUACCAGCGUGCCACAAGAUCCAAACAAACCAAUGUUCAACGAUGUACGCAGAGAAUCAGUUUCCAAUUCGAAGUGGUCACCAGGACAAACGAAGCAGGACCAUCACGAUGUGGAUUGUAAUUAUCAGAGCGUAACAAAAUCUAACACGCAGGUCAACUGUACCUCGGGUACAUCGUUGAAUCAUUCGAACAACGAACUCAACCAGGUUUGCCACCACAGUAAGCCUAGUGGCAAAAGCAGAGGGGAACCCGUCAAUGAGCCUGUGCGAAGAGUCAGUGUACAGGCAACUUCUUCGUUGAAAGGAAAUUUCGUCGUUUCGCAAAGUGAUCUUUGGGAUACGCAUACGUUAUCGCACGCUAAACAGCAUCAACGUCAAUCACCACGAGGACAAUCCCGUUGUCCCGAUCACAGCCACCCACCGCCGCAACAGCAGCAGCAGCAACAGCAACAACAGCAACCGAUCCAGUAUGACCAUGAGCGAGAUAACAGCACGGCAUCCUCACCCGGUCCUAUCCAACGUAGCGUUUCGGAAAAGAAUCGCAGUAAGCAUCGACACAAACAAAAAUCCACCACUUGUCAGAGCGAAACAGAUAGCGAACGAGAACAACGUGACUAUCAGAACUUCCCGUCGGCCGUCUGUUCGGCUGGCAGCACUGCGACUGGAAUUACAUCAACCACCGGAAAUGGUACCACGCCGAUGAAAAUCACCUCACGAAAACUAUCGAAAUCGCAGCACUCCCAUCACCAUUCAACGCCAAAUGUGGCCCCGGAGAAGAAAGCCAGCGUCGGAUCCACUGGCAGCACCCACAUUCGACACCGUAAAAAAGAAUCAAGCUCAAAGCCAAACUUGUACGGCGCCUGCUCCGAAUCGGAGCUUCUAGAUGGAGAUACGGCCAUUCUGCCGAUUUUCAGAAAAUUGCUAAAUGAAAAGGACUCUAAAUAUAAAACUAGGAAUACAGUAGGUGCCAGCUGCCCAAAUAUAUCGAUUAAAUGUGAUAUUGUUGAGUAUCUGUAAAUAGAAACCUUUGGAUUCGUUUAUGUUAGUUACGUUUCAUCGUAAGGACGAAACUCAUGUCGAACUACCUUUACAGUAUAGCUUUACAGUUAAUCAGUUUCCUUAAACCAAAUCAGUGACAUUCGGUUUCAACUUUUUAAAAUCGAAGAGCACCUUUUUGUCACCUUUUACCACAGAAGUACGCAAUACAUAAAAGCAAUAAGCAAUUGUGUAUUUCCAUGUGUAAUAUCAUAGAACAAAUUCUAAACGUUCGCCACAUUUGCGUUUGCCCACCAGCAAGCUGAAUUUUAGUGUGUAGUCUAACGAAGAAAAAAAAAAUAUGUAGAAUUAACGAUCGUCUUCCUACCGAAAUCGCAAGAAGUUUUAAAUAACCAACAAACAAAAUGCACAAAGGUCGCACCACAGGCUGAUCUGAAGUUUGUUUCGUCAUUAGUUACAAGUUAAACACGAACAUUUUAAUAAUCAGUUGAACGUUUUAUAUUCCCGACGAUUACCAGUUGAAAACGAAACACAACCUCGAGAUACUCGAAUCAGUUUUAGCAAAUGAUGUUAUGAAUCAGCAAGCUGGAUAGAUGCAGCUGAACUAGCUAAUGCAGAAAGUUCGAAUAUACCAAAGUUAUACUUACGAGCUCUCAGUAGGCUCGGCAGGUGGAAUAAAAUAGGUGAACGAGAGAGCGAGACAUAAAAAAAAAACAAAACAAAAAUCAUACACGCGCUGCACGUUAAUAGAAAACUUGGCCAACGGUCGCUUUAACGAGUCCAUGAAAGGAGAACUUUCGCAUACCGGCCCCCAGAGCCAACAUGAAUGAAUGCAAGUAUGUAGCAUAUAAUGGAAAAUAAAAUAUGACUAGAAUUGUUCACAAAAUACUCACAAUUGUCAAAAAGGCAAAAGAGCAGCCACCAUGGCAAGUGGUGGAAACCCGGUUGAAUAAUUUAAUUUUGAAUAAAAAGUAUUGCAUUUUA